UGGGGGGGGCGGAGAAUUUGUGAAGACGGGAAAGGUACCGCCGCCGCCAUUGACGCUGGGAGCCGCAAAGCCCGAGCAAGCCCCUGCAGGACGCGUCAGGGCACCGCCUCCCGGCGACUCCGCGGCUUCCGCCGCCUCUCCCUCGGGCAGGUUGCCUGCCUCUAAGUUGGAAUCAGCUUGCACUACUAGAAGUGAAGUUGACAGUGAAUUUUGAGGUUAGCUGCCCGACUUCUCUAACUGAGCGUGUUGAAGGUGACUCUUUCUUAAGAGGUUCUACAGUUACAUGUUUUCAUGAAGAGAAGUGAGAAACCAGAAGGAUAUAGACAGAUGAGGCCUAAAACUUUUCCUGCCAGUAAUUACACUGGCAGCAGACGGCAAAUGUUGCAAGAAAUACGAGAGAGCCUUAGGAAUUUGCCGAAGCCUUCGGAGGCCGCAAAAGCAGAGCAAACUGGGGGUAAAAUAUCAAGUGAAGAUCCCAGGCAAGGGCGAAAUCCCCCUAAGUUUGUCACCUACCAUAAAGCUUUGCAGGAAAUACGCAAUUCUCUUCUUCCCUUUGCAAAUGAAGCAAGUUCUUCACUAAGAGGAACAUCGGAAGUUAAUCGACAGAUGCUGCAAGAUCUACAGGCUGCGGGCUUUGAUGAGGAUAUGGUUGUACAAGCUCUAAUGCAUACCAAAAGCCGCAGCAUAGAAGCGGCCAUUGAAUUUAUCAGCAAAAUAAGCUACCAGGAUCUUCGACGGGAACAAAUGGCAGCAGCUGCUGCUAGACCAAUUAACGCAGGUUCAAAACAGCCAGCAGGGGGUGCACAGCAAUCGGUUAGCCGCAGACAGAGCUGGAAGGGUUCUAAGGAAUCCUUGGUGCCCCAGAGACAUGGUCCUGCACUGGGAGAUGGCCUAACUUUCCACUCAGAAAGUCCUAUGCCUCAGGCUGACGUAGGAAGACCCUUGUCUGGUUCUGGAAUAGCAGCAUUUGCCCAGGCUCCUCCUGGCAACGGGCAACGAGCGAAUCCACCACCUCCACCUCAAGUAAGGAGCGUUACCCCUCCUCCUCCACCCCCUAGAGGGCAGACUCCACCCCCCAGAGGAACAACUCCUCCCCCUUCUUCCUGGGAAACAAAUUCUCAAACCAAACGUUAUUCUGGUAGCAUGGAAUAUAUGAUCUCUCGCAUUUCUCCAGUACCGCCAGGAGCAUGGCAGGAUGGCUAUCCUCCCCCCCCUGUGAACCCAUCGCCUAUGAAUCCUCCUGCACAGGGACAAAGAGGCAUUAGUUCUGUUCCUGUUGGCAGGCAGCCAAUAAUCAUGCAGAAUUCAGUUAACAGCAAACUUAGUUUUUCCUCUGGCAGGGCUGGAAUACAAAAUGGCAAUUGUCAGACCGAUUAUAUUGUUCAUCAAAAUAUCGUGCCUGCUAACUCAGCAAAUCGUCAAGCUCCGCCUCCUUACCCCAUGUCUCCAGCUAACCGGCAGAGCCCUACAGCUUUGCAAAUGCAAGCAGGAGGAUCUGUGGUCCCUUCAGCUUACCCUAAUGGAAACAUUCCUCAGUCUGUGAUGGUGCCGAACAGAAACAGCUACAAUAUGGAGCUGUACAACGUCAAUAUUCCUGGAAUUCCAACAUCGUGGCCCCAGUCCUCACCUGGCAAUGGACAUGAAGUCUCAGCAUGGCAACCAAAUAUUCCAGUAAGGUCAAAUUCCUUUAAUAAUCCCCUCGGAAAUAGACAGAGUCACACUACCAGUUCACAACCUUCAGCCACCACAGUAACUGCUGUCACUCCUGCUCCUAUCCAACAGCCAGUAAAAAGCAUGCGUGUGUUGAAACCAGAACUGCAGACUGCCUUAGCUCCUACUCACCCCUCUUGGAUGCCGCAAGCAGUCCAGCCCAUCUCCUUUCCCGAGGGACCGUGCAGUGGUAUGACUGUUAUGUCACCUGCAGCAGAGGCUCCAAAUUAUCAAGGUCCACCGCCUCCUUACCCAAAACACUUACUACACCCCAGUCCAUCUGUCACUUCCUACGAAUCUGUGGCAAAAGCUAGCAAAGAGGAUCAGCUCAGCUUGCCUAAGGAAGAAGAGAGUGAAAGGAAUGAGAGCAGUGAGGGAACCGAUAGAGACAAGAAGCUAAUCACAACCUCGCCUGUCCCUGUGAGGAAGAUCAAGAGAGAUGAAGAAAGGAGGGAGUCCCGCAUUCAGAGUUACUCUCCUCAGGCUUUUAAAUUCUUUAUGGAGCAGCAUGUGGAAAACAUACUCAAGUCUCAUCAACAGCGACUGCAUCGUAAGAAACAGCUAGAAAAUGAAAUGAUGCGGGUUGGGUUGUCCCAAGAAGCCCAGGAUCAAAUGAGGAAAAUGCUAUGCCAAAAGGAGUCCAACUACAUCCGUCUCAAAAGAGCUAAAAUGGAUAAAUCAAUGUUUGUUAAGAUUAAGACCCUUGGAAUUGGGGCAUUUGGAGAGGUCUGCUUAGCAAGAAAGGUGGAUACAAAUGCCUUAUAUGCAACAAAAACCCUACGCAAAAAGGACGUGCUGCUUCGGAACCAGGUUGCUCAUGUUAAAGCUGAACGGGAUAUCCUUGCAGAGGCUGACAAUGAGUGGGUAGUUCGAUUAUACUAUUCAUUCCAAGAUAAGGACAAUUUGUACUUCGUAAUGGACUAUAUUCCGGGAGGAGAUAUGAUGAGCCUGUUAAUUCGAAUGGGUGUUUUCCCAGAGAAUAUGGCCCGCUUCUACAUAGCAGAACUGACCUGUGCAGUUGAAAGCGUGCAUAAGAUGGGCUUCAUCCACAGGGACAUAAAACCUGAUAACAUUCUGAUUGAUCGUGAUGGCCACAUCAAAUUGACUGACUUUGGCCUUUGUACUGGCUUUCGAUGGACACAUGAUUCCAAAUACUACCAGAGCGGUGACCACCCACGUCAGGACAGCAUGGAUUUCAGUAACGAAUGGGGAGAUCCAGCAAACUGUAGGUGUGGAGACAGGCUAAAGCCACUUGAACGUAGAGCAGCACGCCAGCACCAGCGCUGUCUGGCACACUCACUGGUUGGGACACCCAAUUACAUUGCACCCGAAGUAUUGUUACGAACAGGUUAUACGCAGCUAUGUGACUGGUGGAGUGUUGGAGUGAUUCUUUUUGAAAUGCUGGUGGGACAGCCUCCCUUCCUGGCGCAUACACCAUUAGAAACACAGAUGAAGGUCAUCAAUUGGAAAACUUCUCUGCACAUCCCGCUACAAGCAAAACUAUCGCCAGAAGCAUCUGACCUUAUUAUUAAGCUUUGCCGAGGUCCGGAAGAUCGCUUAGGCAAGAACGGGGCAGAUGAAAUAAAAGCGCAUCCUUUUUUUAAGUCUAUUGAUUUUUCAAGUGAUCUGCGGCAGCAGCCAGCUUCUUACAUUCCUAAAAUUACUCAUCCCACAGACACGUCAAAUUUUGAUCCCGUUGACCCAGAUAAAUUGUGGAGUGAGGAUAAGGAAGGAAAUGUAAAUGACACACUUAAUGGGUGGUAUAAAAAUGGUAAACAUCCCGAACAUGCUUUCUAUGAAUUUACAUUUCGAAGGUUUUUUGAUGACAAUGGCUACCCUUAUAGCUAUCCGAAGCCUAUUGAAUAUGAAUAUGGUAAUCCUAACGACGUGGAGUCUCAGUCAGAUGAAGACGAUGAGAGGACCAGCAAAGAGAUCCAGAAUCGUGAUCUAGUUUAUAUUUAGUAGAAAAAGUAAACCCAGGUGAACCACUGUUUGGGAUUUCUCAGAUGUGUGUGGCAAGAGAAGCUGAGAUGUUACCAGCAAGCUGGGUUUUAUGGACAAGGGGCAGGGGGAGAGGGGAAAGGAGACUAUCAUUGUUGGUUCACCACUUUUUUCCUUCUACCUUUUCUCCCCUUUACGAAGCAGUUAAAUCUAUUUCAAGCAUUAAUUUAUUCCAGCAUUCUUCGUGAUAAAUAUAGAAAACAAUAAUGUUAGGAAAAUAAAUUAUGAAAAAGCUUUUUGUAAAAUAUUCAGACUAGGAAAUAGGGGUGUGUCUGUUUGUUUGUCUAUCUGUCUGUACAUAGAAGACAUAUGUUAACAUUUUCUAGAAUUUUACGCUGACAUUUUUUUUCCUUGUCGUAUAUACUCUGUGCUUACAAAGUUGGCAGACGCUUUUUUUUUGCUACUCUUAGUGCUCAGGUCCCACUACAGAUGAGCCUGGAAAGAGUAAAUCCUGCUAGGAAUUCCCAGAUACAGUUGUAACUGCAGGGUUUAUGACUCUGGAAGUAGGAGGCCUAGGUCUCGGUUCUUGUGACCGUAAAUGUUGAUGAAGACAUACACGUUUAUUUAUUUUUAUUCUUUUUAAUUUUGCUGGACAAUUUGUAAAGCAUAACUGGAUUGAUGGUGCUAUGCAAUAAUGCAGAAUUGAGGCUGAUCGGGGGUUUGUGUUUGAAGAGCAAUAUUGGCCUAUCACCAAAUAUCAGCCUAAAUAAAUUAAGGGUUUUUUUUAAAAAAAAUUCUUGUAUCCUCAAGAUUUUUUAGAAAAAGUUUUGAAAGUGCUCUGGGUUCUGCAAUACUUUGUUAAUAAGAAGACUCUUAACCCAUCACAACAUUAGCCAGUGAGAUGUGCUCUAGGCUGUCAGUUCUUCUGCUGUUACUUUCCGGGUGCUUUAGCAUUCCGACCAAUCGGUUUGUUGUUUUAACAUAAUGUGCAUCUUACCCCUUUCUCCCGGAUUAAUUAAUGAUUGAAAUGAACUCAUACCUAAUGAGGGAUAAUGGUCGUGUAGGCUGGUUCUGUGAAAAUUCGCUGGUGUCUCUUUGUGUAUCGUCAUCGUUAUCAUAAGAGGUUAAAUACUGUUUUCUGUGUUGUUCUUGCUUUUACAUCAGCCUCCACCUCAUGUGUUUCCUGUGUUCUUAACGGUUGGUGCAUCCAUUAAGAGUUACAACUCUUUUUAUGAGCUGCCCCGUCAAAUCCAAAUGUCAUUGCUUUGCUGUUCUGUGUGUAUAUACAUAAACUAGUAGUCCUGCUUCUCCAGAAUCAACCGUCUCGACAGCCUGAGCUCGCUCUCAUACCAGUGUUUAAGGCUUUGUAUAUGCUCUGUCAUGGUGAUUUGUUCUGAAAUAUUUUGACACGGAGAACUUUCCUCUUCUUUCCCCAAGCGGUGUUUAUUCUUUGUCAAAAAAUAAUUAUUCGCUACUACACUUAAUGCCUUUUCCUCCGCAAAGACCCAGGCAAGUUAGGGAGCCAGCGGUAGAACUGCAUCAUAUCCCUUCAGACCAUUCUCUGAACUGCCUGUUAUGCAUGCUUACUAUGAAGUAAUUCCCGCAGUUUUCUGUGGAUCUUAUUCCCAGGUAAGCAUGCACAGAGUUGCUGCCUUGCUCUCUAAAUCCUUUGCAUUAAUAUUAGUAGAACGUGUCAGAAGCGUGUGUCUGUCUUCCAGAAAGUAAUUCCACCACAUUUACCGUUAUGAUCCGGUCCUCUUUUCAGUGCAAGUCCUAUAUGUGAUAGGUGCAGGGGAGAGCUUCCAGCCGCUCCACCAGGUGUAGAGGUUUCACUGGGAACCAGGGCAUGCGUGAGAGCCAGUGUGGUGGUAGUGGUUAGGGUGUGGGGUCUAGGAUCUGGGAGACUCGGGUUCAAAUCCCCAUUCUGCCAUGGAAGCUCACUGGGUGGCCUUGGGCCCCUCACAUACUUUCAUCCUAACCUAUCUCACAGGGUUGUUGUGAGGAGGAGAGGAGAAUGAUGUACGCCAUUUGGGGUCCCCAUUGGGGAGAAAGGUAAGGUAUAAGAGCUGUAAAAUAAAAUAAAUAAAUUAUACUGAGAGUUCUGCCUGUUCCCUGCCACAUACAGGACCCGUGUGUAAUUUAAGGGUUGAGGAGGAGGAUGCCCUGUAGAAUUACAUCAGCUUCUGAGACUUGUUUCUGUAAAGCAGAUUGAGGGCAGGGUGUCCUUUGUUUAAUAUUAAUGGGAGAUUUAUUUUCUGUAUUUGUCCUGCAAAAAUACUGUGAUAAAUUCCUGAUUAAAACCAAAUAAAUUUAAUCUGUUG